AUGGAGGGUUUCAGAGGUCACAACGAAGGGACAUCCAAAAAUUACCUAACCAGCAUACAAAAGCUUCGAGAGCACAAGAAGCAGAUGGCUGUAGUUUCUGAGCCCAUCCUGAAUGCGGGGAGGGACACCGAGCUGGCGCUGCACCGGUUCUCGCUCCACACCUCCAAAAGCCAACCCAUCUGUCUAUCCCAGGCCUCUGGCAGGAGCACGCCCGCAGGUGCCAUGGGCUUGGAGUGGUUUCCAGACUUGUAUCCUAAUUACGAUGGGCUGAGUAUUUUUCCAGGGAAGCCUUUCCAAGAAGACAGGGGGAUCACAAUGAAGACACCAAAAGGCAAUUUCUCAGAGGGACAGCGAGGUCCCCUCUCAGAGAGGCGUCUGAUGGACGUAAGGCUGGGGGAGCUGCCCGCGUGGCUGGCCACCUGCGACUUGUCUCCCCAGGGGCUGCUCGGAGGAGUGCGGAAGGCCUGGAGCAGCUAUUACGACAAAUACAUCAACGUGAAGAGGGGUGGACCAGCUGGGAUCUCCAUGCUGCUGGCUGGAUACUGCCUCCUCAGCUAUGGCUGGAACUACCAGCAUAUCAGGGUCUCACACACCCUCAUCUGCCCAGGACCCCGGCACGAGCUGAUCCUGCACCCCUUCAAACCUGUGACUGCGUAG